AUGAUGCACGUACCGCAUCAUAUAACAGUGAUGGGUGCCGAGUCGAAUGGCGAAUUCAAUCAUUUGUCACGCUAUCAGUAUGACAACAAUAUUGAUCUAGCCUCUAAAAUGAACGUUCCUGAUCGCAUACUUGUUGCUGGUGGUGAUAGUACCCGUGCGGAUCGUGCACCUCCGACCGAAGUUAUGGCCGAUCGUUUUCAACCUGGCUAUGCCAUUCCAGAAUUAGAGACUCCACCCGAAACGUUGACACUCGACAAGGCUAAUUAUCCAGAUAUUCCUGAUGAAGAAUCACCGAAUAUGAAUAACUCACAGCCGCAAGUAAGUGGAAACUUUUACGUCGAAUAUUUUCAGUUUGUGGCUGUAAAGGACGAAAGCAUGUCAGCAGCAUCAAUAGCAGUUGAUGAAAAUCCACUUGGAGAACUGAAGAAGAUGCGUAGACAAAUGGGUCGUAUAUCGACACGACUGCUUCAAUUAGAAGACGAAAAUGAGAGAAGGAAAUCCCGGGAAUCACUAAUAUGGCUAUCACUGAUCACUACAGCUGGUCUUAUCUUAACCAUGAUCUUCCAAAGAGGUGGCUUCAAGUGA